AUCGGCAGUCGGUUGUUCAUUCGCUGUUUGCUGUUUGCAGUUGAAAAGUUUCAGUAGAUUGUGGCUGAUCAUCACAAAUUCGUGCCUUGUCUGUGUGAAAGUUAUUUACUAACUUUUAUACUUCAUUUUUUACGUGACCUUUGUGUGCGUUCCUCAAUCGCCGCGACCAUGCGUGAGAUUGUUCAUCUGCAGGUUGGACAAUGUGGCAACCAGAUUGGAGCCAAGUUUUGGGAGGUUAUUUCCGAUGAGCAUGGCAUUGAUCCAACCGGGACGUACCGCGGUGACUCAAAGCUGCAGUUGGAACGGAUCAAUGUGUAUUACAACGAAGCUGGGGGCGGAAGUAAAUAUGUCCCUCGCGCUAUUUUGGUUGACCUGGAGCCUGGGACAAUGGAUUCCGUCCGGUCGUCUCCAUUUGGGCAGCUUUUCCGCCCGGACAAUUUCAUUUUCGGACAAAGUGGCGCUGGGAACAAUUGGGCUAAAGGGCAUUACACGGAGGGCGCUGAACUGGUGGAUUCGGUACUGGAUGUGGUGCGCAAGGAAGCGGAAGGUUGCGACUGUUUGCAAGGAUUCCAGCUGACGCAUUCGCUCGGCGGCGGCACUGGGUCUGGUAUGGGAACAUUGCUCAUUUCCAAAAUCCGAGAGGAAUAUCCCGAUCGCAUCAUGACUACGUUCAGUGUGGUUCCAUCUCCUAAGGUGUCGGAUACGGUGGUGGAACCGUAUAAUGCCACUUUAUCGGUGCAUCAGCUGGUCGAAAAUACGGAUGAGACAUUCUGCAUCGAUAAUGAAGCGCUGUAUGACAUUUGUUUCCGAACCCUGAAGCUGACCACUCCUACCUAUGGAGAUCUCAACCAUUUGGUUUCGGCUACUAUGUCUGGGGUCACUACGUGCUUCCGCUUUCCCGGUCAACUCAACGCCGACCUGCGUAAAUUGGCGGUCAAUAUGGUCCCUUUUCCUCGUCUGCAUUUCUUCAUGCCUGGCUUUGCUCCCUUAACUGCCCGCGCUGCACAAGGUUAUCGCGCAUUGACUGUUGCUGAACUGACCACGCAGAUGUUUGAUUCCAAGAAUAUGAUGGCAGCGUGUGAUCCUCGUCAUGGACGAUAUUUGACAGUUGCGGCUAUUUUCCGGGGGCGCAUGAGCAUGAAAGAUGUUGAUGAUCAGAUGCUGCAGAUUCAGAAUAAGAAUUCGAGUUAUUUCGUGGAAUGGAUUCCAAAUAACAUUAAGACUGCAGUUUGCGAUAUUCCUCCUCGUGGAUUAAAAAUGGCAGCUACAUUCAUCGGGAACAGCACGGCCAUUCAAGAGUUGUUCAAACGGAUUUCGGAACAGUUUACAGCCAUGUUUCGACGAAAGGCGUUUUUGCAUUGGUACACUGGGGAAGGAAUGGAUGAAAUGGAAUUUACGGAAGCCGAAUCCAACAUGAACGAUUUGAUAUCCGAAUACCAGCAGUAUCAGGAAGCCACAGCGGAAGACGAAGGGGAGUUUGAAGAGGGAGAGCCGCAGUCUACCGAUCAGGAAGCAGCCUAAAAAUUUUUUUCUCGUCUACCUUCACUGGUGUUCUUUUUGUUUUCUUUAAUGUUGGUCGAUCCUAUUAUCAUCCUAAAGUUUUGUGAGGCCGGUCGUUUAGCUACGGUUUAAAUUUGAGAUUGACAGUCUUUUUAUGUGUAAUCUCAGUAUCUCGUUAAUCCAUUUUUGUCGUGACAACUUAAAUGUUUGGUGUUGCAACUGUACUAGGUUACGGUACGUGCUUAAUGCUUAUAAAUUCUUUAUUUGAA